UACUCCACGUGCAUUUUUAACUCAAGAAUUAUUCUUGUUGAUGAUAGAAUCGAUAUUUGAUUUUUAAAUGUUUGUAAAUUGAAUCAAAUCUGCAGAAUGACAUCAUUUCAAAAAGAGAAACUUUUUGAUUCAGAUCACGAUGAUGAUGAGAAUAAUAAAUUAUUUUCAAAUGAUCAUCCAUCACCAUCAUCAUCAACAUCGACGCUCGUAAUUAAUACGGAAAAUUCUUAUGCACAAAAAUAUGAUGAUUGGCGCCGUAAAGAAGAGUUACAAAAAUUAAAAGAUAAAUAUGGUGAUAAUCUUGAUAUUAUGUCUGAAAUCGAUGAUGAUGAUUCAGGUGCUGGAUCCAAUUCAAGCAAUGAAUCCACAGAUGAUGAUGAUGAUGAUAGCAGUGAAUCAUUGUCCGAAGAUCCAUUCGAUGAUGAUUUUUUCGCUGUAUAUUCAGCAUUAAAAAAUAAAGAAUCAAAAAUUUAUGAUAAAAAUUUCAAGUUUUUUACCAAAGAAGAUGAUAAAGAAGAUAAAGAAUCUAAAACUAGCCCGAAACAAGAAGAAAAAAAGCUAACCCUACAAAAAUAUCAUGAAAAAUUGAUUGAAGAAAAGAAAGGCAUUACCGAAGAAGAUGAAUCAAUGAUGAUGAUGAAUAAUGAAUCAAAUGAUGAACAACAACAACCUGAAGGCUAUUAUGAAGAACUUUAUAAUAUCCGUAAAGAUAUUAAAAACAUGUUCAAAGAAAAAUCUGAUCAAAAUGAUGAUGACGAUGGUGAUGAUUUAUUUUCGAUCAAAAAUUCUGAUAAAACUCUGAAGAAGAAAGAAACUAAACCAAAAUCAAUGCCUGAAUUUUGGGCAGAUGAUCAAAAACUUGAUGAAGAUGAAAAAUUCCUAAAACAAUAUGUUUUGAAUGGUGGAUAUGUGUCUGUAACGUUAGAUUCCAAAAAUCGUUUAGAUCGAUAUAAAAAUGUUGAUAGCCAUUUCAAAGUUGUCGAUCAAGAUACUAGCCCAACCGAGCAGCCAGAAAAAUUUUCAGUUGCCGAAAAUAUUCGAAAAACUUUAGAAGUUCCAAAAUUUCAUUAUGAAGAACCAGAUGCAACGAUCAUUAAACGUUAUCCACGUAAUAUUAAUUCUAUACGUGAUACAACUGUCGUUAAUGAUAAAAAAUCCAAACGAGCCGAAGCCCGUGAACGAAAAAAAAUGGAAAAAGAACAAGAAUUAAAACGUCUUCGUAAAAUGAAACGUGAAGAAAUUGAAAAGAAAGUUGAGACAUUAAAAUCGGUUUCUGGCAAUGACCGGCUAGAUCUGAAAGAUAUCGAUCUAAAUGUUAUUAUUGAUGAUGAAAAUGAUUUUGAUGCUGAUAAAUAUGAUGAAAAAAUGAAAUUAUUAUUCGGUGAUGAUUAUUAUAAUAAUUCAAAUGCUGAAUCGGAUUCUACUAAGCCUGUGUUUAACUAUGUUCCUGAAAUUGAUGAUGAGAUUAAUAAUAAUAGCAAUAGGAAGAAAAGAAAGAAAAAUAAACGAGAAAUCAAACAACAUAAAGAUAUUAUGGCCGAUGAUGAUAUUGGAUUAUAUGAUGAUAUUGUUGGUGGUGAUUUGGCCACCCGUUUCCGUUAUCGUAUGGUUGAACCAAAUGAUUUUGGUCUUACCGAUGAAGAGAUAUUGCUUGCCGAUGAUAAAGAAUUGAAUCGUUGGUGUUCAUAAAAAAUGACACAAUAUCGUUCAAAAGAACAUGAACAAUAUGAUAGAAAAGUUUAUCAACAAAAAUCACAGAAUUUGGAAUUGAAAAGAAAAAUUCUUAAAAGCAUUUAUGGUGAUAAUCCAAAUAAUGAUGACAACGACAAUGAGAGUAAUAUUAUGUCAAAAAGUAAAAGUAAAAGAACGUUAUAUCCAAUUGCUAAUCAAUCAUCAGAUGAUAAUGAUGAAAAGGUUAAAAUAGAUGACCAUGAUCCAUCAGCUAAUGGUAGUGAUACAAAAAUUGAUACGGUGGAAAUUAAAACGACUACGAAUAAACGCAAAAGAAAACGGCGAAACCAUAACAAAACAAAACAUCCAGAAUCAUUAUCAUCAGAUAAAGUCAUUGAGCAACAACAACAACAACAACAAUCAUCAAACGGUGGAAUUGAACAACAAUUGGUGAAAAAAUCAAGAAAAAGACGUCGAUCAAAUAAAAACAAUGAUUCAAAUGGAACCACCAAUGAAAUUGCAGGUGUUAGUGUUCAAAGGCUAAAAGCAUAUGGAUUAAGUAAUCGAGAAAUGAAACGAAUGCGAAAGAAAUAAAUGUAUAUAUGCAGGUUUUCUUCUUCUUUUUUUUUAAUUAUAAAAAACAACAAUAACAAUAAAUGAUGAUGAAGAUGAAUGAAUAU